UGGGAGUUGAAGUCCGUGCGCGAGGCCGCGCCCGCCCUCAGCCCCCCGCACCGCCAGUCUCACCUCCUCGGGGGCAGAGACCUCCAGGACAGUGCUGAAUUGAAGAGGCUCAAGGGACUUCCUUGCCCUGCUCCUGACCUCAGAAGGAAGCCUGCAGACUUUCACUGUCAGAUGGAGGACGGAGGCUCCGCGGCCUUUGAAGAGAACCAGAGGUCCCUAUGUGGGAGCUCCUCCUUGCCAGCGCCCACAGAGAGCCCCUCUGCGCAGACCACUGCCUCCGAGCCCAACAAGUCCUUGUCCUCGGCCCGCAGACAUCUGAGCAGAAGGAAUGGGCUUUCGAAACUCUGCCAGAGUAGGAUGGCGCUCUCAGAAGACAGAUGGAGCUCCUACUGUUUGUCAUCGUUGGCUGCCCAAAAUAUUUGCACCAGCAAACUGCACUGCCCAGCCACGCCUGAGCAGGCGGACCUGGCCGGGUCCCUGGGCAGCACGUCCUGCUGCUCCCUGCUGCGCGGCUUGCCCUCAGGGUGGUCUGUGCCCCUGCUCCCAGCCCCCGUGUGCAACCCGAACAAGGCCGUCUUCACUGUGGACGCCAAGACUACGCAGAUCCUGGUUGCCAAUGACAAAGCCUGCCAGCUCCUGGGGUACAGCAGCCACAACCUGAUCGGCCAGAAGCUCACGCAGUUCUUCCUGAAGCCAGAUUCCGAUGUGGUGGAAGCCCUCAGUGAGGAGUGCGUGGAGGCCGAUGGGCGCGCUGCCGUUGUGUUCGGCACAGUGGUGGACAUUGUGAGCUGCAGCAGGGAAAAGAUUCCGGUGUCCGUGUGGAUGAAGCGGAUGAAGCAGGAACACAGCCUCUGCUGCGUGGUCGUGCUGGAGCCCGUGGAGAGGGUCUCGGCCUGGGUUGCCUUCCAAAGCGAUGGAACCAUCACGUCAUGUGACAGCGUCUUUGCUCAUUUGCACGGGUACGCGUCUGGGGAGGAAGUGGUCGGGCAGCGCAUCACAGACCUGGUCCCUUCUGUGCAGCUCCCUCCACCUGGCGAGCAUGUCCCAAAGAAUCUCAAGAUUCAGAGGUCUGUUGGAAGAGCCAAGGAUGGCACCACGUUCCCUCUGAGCUUAAAACUGAAAUCCAAACCCAGUAGUGAGGAGGCUGAAGAUGGCAAGGCGGCCCCCAAAUGGGGUUACUCGGCAUCCAUCUGGGUGUUCUCCACCAUCAGCGGUCUCAUCACCCUCCUGCCAGAUGGGACCAUUUACGGCAUCAACCACAGCUUUGCGCUGAUGCUGUUCGGCUAUGGGAAGACAGAGCUCCUGGGCAAGAACAUCACCUUCCUGAUUCCUGGUUUCUACCACUACAUGGACCCCGCAUAUGACAGUUCCCUGCCGCUGCCAGACCUGGCUGACUGCCUGGACAUUGGCAGCCAGAGUGGGCCUGGGGAGACGACUGUGGACCCCCGGCAGGGCUGGAACCUGGCCAGCGCAGCCGAGGAUCCAAGUGUUGACGUUGUGCUAGCUGGUGACCACAUUCUGCCACGAGAUGAGACCCUAAAGCUAGUGGGCAGCCAAGAAGCCUUCACUGGGACCCAGGCCCAAGCGGAUACUGGAGGCCAUCUCCCUUCUUCCCUCCCAUCUCCCCCAGCUCCGGGGGUGGACAGCAUCCCAGAAGGAAGCCCACCAUCCCAGGAACGGUCAUUGCCCAAGGACCAGCAAAACAUCCCAGAAAGAAGCCCACCAUCCCAGAAACAGUCAUUGUUCAAGGACCAGCAAAACAUCCCAGAAGGAAGCCCACCAUCCCAGGAACAGUCAUUUCCCAAGGACCAGCAAAACAUCCCAGAAGGAAGCCCACCAUCCCAGGAAUGGUCAUUGUUCAAGGACCAGCAAAACAUCCCAGAAGGAAGCCCACCAGCCCAUGGCCAACGGUGGUUGUCCGAGGACCAGCAAAACAUCCCAGAAGGAAACCCACCAGCCCAGGAGCAGUCACUGCCCGAGGACCGGUGGAACAUCUCAGAAGGAGGCCCCCCAGCCCGUAGCCAACAGUCACUGCCUGAGGACCAGCGGAAUGCUGUCUUGGAGAAAGAGGAAGCUGCAGCAACAGAGAGCCUCAGACAGGACCUUUUGGGAGGAAGCAGGUCUGACCCAGGGAGCACAAAACCAUUUGCUUCACGUAGAGGAGAUUCUGAAACUCCAGCCCCCACUGAGGACAGGAGCAGGAAUGUUGAAAUGUGUGGCCCGUAUCAGGAAGCACAGCUGGAACGGAUGGGCUCGAGCAGUGCCAGCAAUUCAAACAUUCGGGCUGAUGCGGCCAUGCUUGAGCCGUGUGCCGUGGGCCAGCCGGCGGGGCUGAGCAUCCCGAUGCACUGCGCUGCAUACUCGGGUGAGCAGAGGGCACAGCAGGGGAGCCGGGACUCGGCCCCCAGCCCCUCUGGGAUGCUGCGGCUCUCGUUCUCGACGCCUACUUUGGAUGAGCCGUGGCUGGGAGCGAAGAAUGACAGAGAAGAGCUGCAGACGUGCUUAAUUAAGGAGCAGCUGUCCAAAUCGAGCUUCUUGGGACCUCUGGGUGUCUCCUAUGUCGAGCUGGUCCCAGCAGAGCACCCCCGGUUCUCUGCCCCUGUGUCGCUGUGUGACCUGCAAGGCAGAGACCUGCACAGCAGCCGCACGGGCAGCUCCUCAGCCUAUUACGCGCUAGCCACAGACCUCCCUGGCGUCCUGGAUGCAGUGGAGGCCCAGGAAGCCCAGGAGGCCGACGCAAAUUCGUUCUCCUGGAACCUCAGGGAGCGCUUUUUCAGCGAAUGGACAGACCGAACUUCUUCAAACUGUUCCUGCGCUACGUCUGAGCUCACGGGGACGACCUCUCCUUUGCUGGUGGGGUCAGACGUCGAUGUGAGCAGUUUGCAGGGGCAGAGCUCAGAUGUUCUGGACGAUAGAGAGCUGUUACUGCUGACUGGCACCUGUUUCGGUCUUGGUGAAGGCCGGCGGUUCCGUGAGAGCUGUCUGGGACUUGAUGGGACAGAACCAUCUGAGACAUGUGUGGUGUCCUCUGAACACUAUGAAGUGAAUGGCAGAGAAAGCCCGGGCUGCGUCCCUCCCGUGUCAGGAGCCAGUCCCGUGGAUGCGUGCCCAUCAGAGGAGCCCAGGCUCGGCAAAAUCCAGGUCACCUCCACACCUGUGAAAGGGGACAGCUCAGUGACACCCGGGGCCACCAGCCUGCAGCAUGAGAUCCAGGAGGGCACCUAUGCGGGGAGCUGUUACCACCGAGAUGGCUCGCGGCUGAGCUGCUCUGGUCUCAAGUCCCCGCUCUGGGAGGAUGAUGACCAGGCCCUUCAACUGCCCCUUGGAGGUGUGCAGUUUGAGGUGAAGCGAGUGGAGCUCCAAGGUUCCACCACCCUGUUCUGCUGCUGGCUGGUGAAAGACCUCCUCCACAGCCACCGGGACUCGGCCACACGGACCCGCCUGCUCCUGGCCAGUCUGCCCAGCUCCAGCCACUCCAUGUGCGAGCUGCCUGGAUCCAGCCUGGGGGAAAUGCUCAAAACCAAAUCUUGGUUGGAGGAGUCCCCCAAGGCUGUAGAACUGGAAGGGCUGGCGGCCUGCGAGGGUGCAUACUCCCACAAGUACAGCACGCUGAGCCCGCUCGGCAGUGGGGCCUUUGGCUUUGUGUGGACCGCAGUAGACAAGGAAAAAAAUAAGGAGGUGGUGGUGAAGUUCAUUAAGAAGGAGAAGGUUUUAGAGGAUUGUUGGAUUGAGGAUCCCAGAUUUGGAAAAGUUACUUUAGAGAUUGCCAUUCUGUCCAGGGUGCAGCACGCCAAUAUCAUCAAGGUAUUGGAUGUAUUUGAAAACCAAGAAUUCUUUCAGCUCGUGAUGGAGAAGCAUGGCUCUGGCCUGGACCUCUUCUCCUUCAUCGACCACCAUCCCAGCCUUGACGAGCCCCUGGCGAGUUACAUCUUCCGACAACUGGUGUCGGCGGUGGGAUACCUGCGCUCGAAGAGCAUCCUUCAUCGGGACAUCAAGGACGAGAACAUUGUGAUUGCUGAGGACUUCACAAUUAAGCUCAUAGACUUUGGCUCUGCUGCCUACUUGGAAAGGGGCAAACUAUUUUAUACCUUUUGUGGAACAAUCGAGUACUGUGCACCCGAAGUUCUCAUGGGAAAUCCUUACCGGGGGCCGGAGCUGGAGAUGUGGUCGCUGGGAGUCACGCUGUACACACUGAUCUUUGAGGAGAACCCCUUCUGCGAGCUGGAGGAGACCAUGGAGGCUGCGAUAAACCCCCCGUACCUAGUGUCAGAAGAUCUCAUGAAGCUCGUGUCUGGGCUGCUGCAGCCUGUCCCCGAGCAGCGUACCACCUUGGAGAAGCUGGUGGGAGACCCCUGGGUGACGCAGCCCGUGAACCUUGCUAACUACACCUGGGAUGAGGUGUAUCGAGUAAACAAACCAGAAAGUGGAGUUCUGUCCACUGCGAGCCUGGAGAUGGAGAGCAGGAGUCCGAGCGAGGUGGCUCAGGCCCUGGACUGCCCAGAGCCCUGGGCCCCAGGGGAGGCCCCUGACGGCUGCUGAGCACUCGCUUCCUGCUGCUCUUCUGCACUCAGUUAGGAAACCAUCUUGUUUCCAGGCCCUUCCAUUCAGAGAAAGGAACUCUGCAAGAAUUAGGCCCAACUCACCUUCUAAAGACUCAUAUGCAAGUUUGAGAAAUGCCAGAACAAAAGCCAGUGAUACGAUAUUCUUUUAGGUUUAUAAAAUAGACUUGGACUUCAUUUUUUUCUUGACUUUGAAAAAGCAUUCUAGUGUUCACUUGAGUUUUGUCCUAUUAAAGGGCUUUCAGUUCAUGAACUUCAGAAAGGCACAGCAGAGAGUGUUGCUUCUCUUCCUGCUGUUGUACAUGUGCAUACAUUUUUGUUUCCUUUCACUUGGUACAUGCUCCUCUGAUGUGUGGACUUGGCAGAGCUGGUUCCCCAAAUGACCGGACUAUUUCAUUAACAUAUUUCCUCGAACAUAUCCCAAAUUACAGCAAUUUUGUAAACAAUACCCUGCCUCAGAUGGUGUGAAUUCUCCCACAAUGCUGGUGUGCGAGGCACUUCCAUUUGUGCACCCACUUGCCACAGCUGGAGAGAGGGUCAGCCUCACUCAUUUUGGGGGUCCCUCCCACGGGGGCCUAGUCUAAGGAGAGUGGAGGCUGUGUUGUUCUCAGGCACUUCCCUUCUCCCUGCGCACCACUCUCCAGGGCCGGCCCACUGUCUGUCUGGGCUGUGCUGCACAGUGGGCUCCAUGGCAGGACUCGGCUGUCCACCCACGACACCUUCUCAGCAUCCCCUGACAUCCUGUAGCCAGCCCCAGGCCCCAACUCUGCGACUAUGUGGGGGGAUUCCAGCCCCAGGCCCCACCUUUGGUACUGUGGGGUGUCCAGCCCCAGGCUCCACCUCUGUGACUAUGUGGGGAUGUCUAGCCCCAGGCCCCACCUCUGUGACUAUGUGGGGAUGUCCAG